AUGGUUCAGCCUCUGUUUGCAUCUAAUCCAUAUUCAUCGCCAUUUUUGUUAGCUGUCUAUGGGCUUAGCAACAAGUUUGAAGCCGUUGAUGUUUUACAUCGAUGGUUACGGAUUUUUGAAAAAUCUCGAGAAUUGAAUGUUCGUGUUGCUGCAUAUUCUACCAAUUGUGAUUCUCGAUACCUUCUUUCUAUGAGACUUGCUACAGGAUUUUUUGCAAAAUAUAAUAAUAUUGCCAUAUGUGAUCGUGUUGAUGCACUUGAAAUCGAUUUACCACAAGAGUGGAAAGCUUGGUUUUUCAUGCCGAUUCGGCAAAUCCUUUUCUGUUUUCAAGAUCCAGUACAUCUGUGUACGAAACUUCGUAAUCGUAUUCUUUCUGAUACAUCCUCUCUAUUGAUUGGAAAAGAAGAAGUUUCAAUUGAAGUAUUGAUGGAACUGAUUGAAAGUAAAUCAAAACUUGUUCAUGGUCUUGUUCAGACGGAUGUCAAUCCGAAAUAUCGACAGAAUUUCACAUCUUGUCUUAAUCUCUCAGAUGAUGAUGUACUUGUAGCAUUGGAAGAUAUUGAAGGUUCCCAAGCUACACGGAUUUAUUUGCGUCUUUUACGUAGUAUCGUGUUACCGUAUGUGGAGCACAAUACACCGAUUAUUGAUCGUAUUUAUCAUAGUUGGUUUGGAGUUUUUUCGUGCCGUACAUGGCAAACUUGGUUACAUGUAGUGGAUGAAACAGAAAUGCCAGAAUUCCAUACUGAUGAACGAAUAAAUGAUAUGUUUAUCACUACUACAGCACAUUUCUCAGUUGAGCUCAAUGCUCAUAGUUUACUUGGAAUUUGCCUUCUUGUAGCACAAAAACAACUACCUGAAUCUGCUCUUGCUAUAUCGAAUUGCCAUUCACAGUCGUGUGAAUCUACGUUUACACUUACUAGAUCGAUGUCAGGUACGUUUUCAUCAAUAGUGAAUUUUACUAUUGAACAAUUUCUUAAACGAGCCGGUAAACUUUCGGUGCUCACCGAAAUAGAAAACCAGAGCGGGUCUGGUCAGUUGAAAUGUCCACUUAAAUUUCCUAAACAUGACAAACGACAAUGGAAACAGACAAUUUUGAAAAAACAAACUGCUGAUUCAUCUAUAAGUCUUCUCACGAUUGAUAAGAUUCGAAAAACUGUCUAUCGAGCAUUUGAUAAUGGAUAUAAUCUUCUCUCUACAGUUGAUGUCAAUACUGUUCUAGAAAAAAGAAAAAAAUUCGAUUUCUCAAGUGAGCUCGUUUGUACGAGCUCAGUUUAG